AUUGUGGGUCAUUUUCAGUUCACUCGGUUUUCUUCGCUCAUAUGCUUGUUUCGAUUGUUUAGAUGAACUUACCUCAAAAGAAUAUCUUGUAGCCCUUCUAGCACUUGGGCUGCCUAUUUGCUCUAGGUUUUAUCAUCCCAUUGGUUAAUUAUCAUAGAAAAGCAUAUGCGUCUAUUCAUAUUAUUCUUUAGAUACCCCAGUAAUACUUCUGGGAUUAGUGUUAUUCCAAGAUCUCAUUAGAUUCAUGGGCAAUUCAUUGUUUUUCUUUGUGCUUUGUUUCUCUUUUCUUUUUCUUGGAACUUGCUAUUCUUUGUCGGAUCAAGAGAGAGAUAAGAUUGGGCAGCUGCCUGGGCAGCCACCAAAUGUUGAUUUCUCCCAGUACUCGGGUUAUGUUACUGUGAACCAACAAUCUGGGAGGUCAUUGUUUUACUGGUUGACCGAGUCACCUGCAAAUCGUGAUCCUAAAUCAAGGCCACUCGUGUUAUGGCUUAAUGGUGGGCCUGGUUGUUCUUCUGUAGCUUAUGGAGCUGCUGAAGAGAUUGGUCCUUUACAUAUAAAUUCUGAUGGGAAGACCCUUUUCUCAAACCCUUAUUCUUGGAACAAGUUGGCAAAUCUGCUCUUCCUAGAAUCACCAGCAGGAGUUGGCUACUCAUAUUCAAACACUACAUCAGAUUUGUAUAACUCCGGUGAUGCUAGAACAGCUGAAGAUUCAUAUGUAUUCCUUGUCAAUUGGUUUGAGAGGUUCCCUCAAUACAAGCACCGAGAUUUUUACAUUGCUGGAGAAAGUUAUGCAGGUCAUUACGUUCCUCAAUUGUCUCAAAUCAUUUACAAAAGAAACAAAGGAGUGAAGAAUCCAGUUAUUAACUUCAAGGGUUUCAUGGUCGGAAAUGCUGUUACAGAUGAUUACAACGAUUUUGUUGGCACAUUCGAGUACUGGUGGACCCAUGGUUUGAUUUCAGAUUCUACUUAUAAGUCUCUUCAGACAACAUGUGAGGGAAGGUCCUCUGAGCAUCCACCCAUUGAGUGCAUCAGAGCUCUAAAUGCGGCCGAAAUAGAACAGGGAAAUAUAGAUCCGUAUAGCAUAUAUACAAAGCCCUGCAAUAACACUUCAUCACUAAUGCGUAGAGGACGUUAUCCAUGGAUGCGUGGAGCAUAUGAUCCAUGCACUGAGAGAUAUGCAAAUCAGUACUUCAAUCUCCCUGAAGUUCAAAAGGCUUUCCAUGCCAACAUUGCUAAGCUUUCAUAUCCCUGGAAAACAUGCAGUGAUAUUGUUGGCGAGUAUUGGGAAGACUCUCCACUGUCGAUGCUUCCCAUCUACAAGGAACUCAUGGCUGCUGGUUUACGUGUAUGGGUGUUCAGUGGUGAUACGGAUUCAGUCGUUCCCAUAACCGCAACAAGAUACUCCAUCGACGCGUUAAAUCUUACGACAAUCGCCAAUUGGUAUCCGUGGUAUGAUAAUGGAAAGGUUGCGGGUUGGAGCCAAAUAUACGAAGGGCUGACAUUCGUGUCAGUAACGGGUGCAGGACAUGAAGUGCCAUUGCAUCGCCCUCGGCAAGCUUUUAUACUUUUCAGGUCAUUUCUGGAGAACAAAGCAAUGCAAAGAAGCUAAAACACUCCAUCUAGGUUCAAUUUACUUGUUGCAUAAUAAGCAAAAACUUAUAGAAAAACCAUUGAUUUUUCAUUUGGGGUUGCAGAAAUGGAAAGAAAUAAGGAGAUGCCCCUUUCAUUCUUGAUUCCAAUUUAUUAUCAUUUCUUUCAAGUUCCCUAAUUAAUCAUUCUUCUCAUGCGGUUUAGAUGUGGAGUUGCUGAUUCAUGAUAUGUGAUUUUAGUUUUUCUACAUGUAAUUUAUUUAUAUAUAUACACAGAUUUCACAUUAGGUCAUCUGAAUGUUGAUGAUGCAUUCUUGGCUACACAAAGUGUUGCAUUUUGUG